CAGUACUGGACGAACGGACCCUGGAAUAACCAUAUUUUCAGUUUGGUCCCAGAAAUGAGAUCGAAUUACCUUUACAACUGUAGCUACAUUGAUAAUGCUAAUGAGAGCUAUUUUACUUAUUCACUCUUUAAUCCUUCUAUUUUGUCAAGAUUUGUCGUGGAUAUCUCUGGUCAAAUGAAGCAGCUCACAUGGCUGGAGACAUAUAAAGAAUGGAACCUGUUUUGGUCACAACCUAAACCACAGUGUGAGGUUCCCGCUUAUUGUGGCCCGUUUUCCACCUGUCAAAACUCCUUGCCCUUUUGUGACUGUUUAGAUGGUUUUGAGAAAACAUCAGCCAGAGAUUGGAGCAUUGCUGAUUAUUCCGGGGUUGUACGAGGAAGACAAGCUUGCAUUUCAUUUCCUUUCAUUUUCAUUUACCUCAGUGCCGCAAAGGCUCCCACCUAUAGUGGGGGUAAGGGGUCGGAUGUACGCAGUCUUACCCCUGUACUAACGCACAUAGACACUGUUUCCGGAUGACCCAUAGUGAAAAUCGUGUCCAAAAUUGCAUGGACUGACUGUUGCUUCAUAACAAAGAAGCGCAGACAUUUUAGUGAGUCAUUUUGUUUUAUUCCAUCAUAUUGUCAAGCCAAAAAAGAAUGAAUCUUUGGCUCCAUUACAAAUGAAGACAAGUUUGCAGUGUGGAGAAAAAGACAAGUUUAAACCAUUAGCUCAGAUGAAGUCACUAGACAAUCCACAAUCAGUAAGCGUUGGGAAUGGUUCCUUUUGUGAAUCUCUUUGUUUGGGAAACUGCUCAUGCACUGCCUAUGCUUAUGAUGUAAGCAAUGGGUGCUCCUUUUGGAUUGGGUAACUCCAAAAUCUUGAGAAGGUCACGCAAGAUAGCGGUGCCGGGAAAACGUCUAUAUUAGACUUUCUGCUUCUGAAUUUCCAAGUCGAAAAAGUGAAAAGGCGGCCCUCUGGAUUGUUGCAAUUGCAGGAUCUGUUCUUGUUGUCAUCUUGGUUCUGUUUGGGGUAGUUUGAGUCAUUUUCUGGAAACGGCGGAGGCAUCUCAUUGGGACUUCGAAGGCGAUGGAGGGUUCACUUGUUGCAUUCUCUUACAGAGACUUGCAAUACGCAACCAAAGACUUCUCCGAAAAAUUGGGGAUUGGAGGUUUCGGUUCUGUUUUCAAGGGGGCGUUGCCAGAUUAUCCGUCUUCUGUAAUUGCAGUGAAGAAACUGGAAAGUAUAAGCCAAGGGGAGAAGCAGUUCAGGGCUGAAGUGAGCACGAUCGGGUCAAUCCAGCAUCUAAACCUCAUUCGUCUCCGCGGGUUCUGCUCUGAGGGGAAUAAGAAGCUGCUGGUUUAUGAUUACAUGCCCAACGGCUCCUUGGAUUCAUGUCUUUUUGGUGUAGAACCCAAAUUUCUCGACUGGAAAUCUAGGUACCAGAUCACAGUGGGGAUAGCAAGAGGAUUGAGUUAUCUGCAUGAGAAGUGCAGGGAUUGCAUCAUACACUGUGACAUCAAGCCCGAAAACAUUCUUCUUGAUUCCAAAAUGUGUCCUAAAGUUGCAGAUUUCGGUCUGGCAAAGCUUGUCGGGCGCGACUUCAGUAGAGUGCUGACCACAAUGAGAGGAACCAGAGGUUACCUUGCGCCCGAAUGGAUAACUGGAGUGGCCAUAACUCCUAAAGCAGAUGUUUACAGUUAUGGAAUGGUGCUCUUUGAACUCUUAUCCGGAACACGCAACUCUGACCAUUCCAGAGAUGGAAAAGUGAAAUUCUUCCCUUGAAGGGGUUUUGGAUGUGAAGAUGCCGCCGGUCCCUCGUCUUCUUCAGGUUUUUGCUGAUGGUGAUAGUGUCCAAGAACCCAUUUUUUACUUCACCCAAUCAUCGUCUUCUGGCCAAAGCCAAAG